UCGCUAUAAAUGAAGCUCAAAGCAAGUGAAGCGAUUUAUUUGCGUUCUCUCAUAUGGGUUUGUAAGUUGUUCGUUCAUUAGAGUGUUUGAUUCUUCAACUGAUAUUUUCGGAAUACUCUAAGGAGGAUGAUAUUUUCUUCAGCUUCCCUCAUGAAAUUUUUGCUCCUUCUCCUAAGUUUCGCUACUGCUUCCCAAGCGAAGAAAGAUGACCUCAAUUACAGAGACGUAUCUACUUUAACAGUUCCAGAAAGUGAGCUGGAUUUGCUAUCGUUAGAAUCAACGGAGCAAGAAACGAUUGUAAAUCCUUCUGAUGACAGUAAACAAGAUAAUAUAGCUGAAGCGAGUCGUCAUUCUAUCGACUCAAUAUCUAUAGAUGAAACUCGUAGAAAGAACUCACCAAAAUAUAACUUAAAACUGCAUAACGUUUCAGGUGAUAAUUAUGAUGUAAUACAUUGGUAUAGCACGCCUAUCAAGAAACCUGAAGAUGAUACAUUAGACAGUAGCAUUGAUAGUCAGAGCAAAAUCAUAAACGAUAAAAGAGAUUUGAAAGCGCAAAGCAGUUACCGUCAUUAUGAUGCCGAACAUAGCGUUGAGGAUGACCAUAGUCACAAUUACCACCAUGAUGAACAUCCCCAUGAUCAUCAUGCUCCGUAUAACAGUGAAGAAGAUACCAGUGGUGAACCUCGUACAUAUUAUCAGAAACCUCAAACAAAAAAACCAAGGCGAAACUGCUCACGUAAAGGAAAGAAAGCUGAAAGUUGGGUUGACAAGCCUGAUACCAUUGUCCACAGUAGAUCUAACAGAGCCCAUCAGGUUCCCUACUAUGGUUCAAAAGAUGAAAUGAGCCCUGAAGGAAGGUUUUAUGACGCGCCUAAAAUGCCUAGCUUUCCUGAAGGCAGAGUAAACUCUAUACCUGAGCUUUCCGACUUUUCCAAAGAACGAUACAAUCUACCUAAAACUUCUGAUUUUCUACGCCAUAGUUCAAUGGCGUUUUCUGGCGAACACUUGCACGGAAUUCCCAGAACCAAUUUCUUUUAUAAAAAUGGUGAAAAUGGAAACCAUUUUCAUUUGCACAAUCAUCACCAUCACUAUGGACCAGAUGGUAAGAAAAUUGGGCAUAUGCAAACUUAUAGGCAUAUGAUUGAAAAUCUGGGGAAAUUAAAGAGUUUAGUAGAAAAGGAUUCCGCAGCACCGAAUAGCUACUCUUCUUAUUCGGAUCUUGGAUCACCAGGUGACGAUGUUACAAAACCUAAAGUAGAAAGUAGGAAAAAAGGUUAUCAUUAUACAGGACCUCAUGAAAGUUAUGGGCGGAAGACUUAUUAUAGAGUAAAUGAUGAUUCUCCAAAAUCUAGUCUUCCAGAAUCCUACAGUGGUCCCCAGUCCUAUAAUAAUCCAGAACCCUACAAUAAUCCGCAACCUUAUAAUAGUCCAGUACCUUAUAAUAGUCCCCAGUCUUAUAAUAAUCCAGAGUCCUACAGAAGCCCACAGCCCUACAAUAGCCCAGAGCCACACAGCGAUGAAAGAAAUAUAGGUAUGGAAAUGUACAGAUAUGGCGCAGGGCAAUAUGGUACCGAUGAGUUCCAUGAUGGACCUUUCCCAAAUGAAGUUAGCCCAGGUAUCCACUCAAGUAAUGGUUUUACGCCUGACUAUGAAAAACGAAAUCCUCCAUAUUCCAGCCACGAAGAGUAUAACACUAAUUCUCCCCCAGAUGCUCCAUAUCACUCUUAUUCCGGAGACUAUGAAUCUAAGUAUAAUCAGGAUGAUAAAGGUCAUAAGCAUGAUCAAAAACAUGAAACAAAAGCCCCCUAUACUCCAUAUGAAGCAGCUAAAGGAAGGCAUGGAAAUCAUCAAAAUAAGGAUCAUAUAACCGAACAUGUACAUCCCUACCAAGGAGAUCUUAUCCACGAAGAAGAAAAAAGUGGAGGCUCGAUACCUAAUGAUAACCCUCUUGAACAUUCUGCAGGUAAUGGAGAAGAAAGUCCUUUAGUAACAACUCACAGUGUCAGCUAUUCCAAAGAUGGUAAGCUUGCAGAAGAUCCUAGUUUAUUUGGACCAAAAGAUCAGUUUUUCAACAAUUUGAGACCAGAUCCAGAUCCUUUGUCCAUUCCCAAAAAUGCACUGAUCUACGAACAUCAUAUUCGACUUCAUCCAAUGCAUUACAGAAUGUUCCCCCCGUUACCAGUACAGGGACAUUUCGGGAGAGCUAUUGGCUAUCCUGUACCAGUACAUAAGCUCAUUCCAAAUCCUCUGAAGAUGCCCCCUACUUUUGCGCCACCAGCUCCUAUGUAUCUUCACCCACGUGUAAAUCAAAUGCUCCAUGCUUAUCAAAGUCGCUCUUUAUACCACAGGUGGUGGUAAUUUCCGAAAUGGAGCUAUGGAACUUUCUUCCUGUGUGCUGAAAAUGCAUGUGUUUUCCUAAAAUUUUGGACAGACAGAAAAAUGUGUGAUGAAACGGUAUGCCUUAUAAUGGCAGCAUUUGCGCUUUUCACAUCUGAAAUGACUUAUCGAAAUAAUGUACAAGAACUGUAAAUUUUUAUUUUUUGUGUCAUCGUUUUAAACUUUGACCACGCAAUGCUUUCUUUGAAAAUCGCUUCUUUAGGUGAUAUUCAAAUCGUUACUCUUUCUCUUAUUCUUUUUUGCUUACUGUAAAUUCUAACACACCUUAUUCGAGUCCAAAUCAAAAGUUCUGUACUUGUUUUCAUUACAACACAAAAAGCGGGAUUUAAAAAAUUAUCUUCUUCUUGUUCCUGAAACAGUUUUGGUGAAUUUCAUGAAAUAUCAUUAGUUAAAAUAUAACUUCUAAAUUAUUUUCAAAUUCAGUUAGAUAUAUAUUUAAAUAUGCAAAAUUAUAGACAUAGUUCAAGGUAUUGCUUGUUCAAUUCCAAUCUAGUGCAGUCGCCAUCUGUUGGUAUUUUAUAUAUCUUUUCUCUAAAUUUAAUCUUUUUUAGCUAUCGGUAUAAUAUGAGAAGUAGCCAAUUCUCUUUUCUUCACUUAAACACAUGCGAUCAUUAACGGACUUAUUUUCAUUACAAUAUAGAGCAAAAUUUUGAAAUUUUACGAGAACUGAAAGUCUCUGAAUUAAUGUAAAACUUUAAAAUAAUGCUAUGGGGUGGAGAAAGAAAGAAACUCAUAAAUUGAAUAUUUUAACGAUAGGAAAUAUUAACUAAUAGUCUUUUAAAGACUUAAAAAUAAAACUAGUUUUAUUAAACACUUGAAUUUGUUAAUAUAAAAACAGUUUGCACUUUUCUUGAAUGUAAUUCAGGUUAGAAGCAACUGCAAUUCAUUAAUUGGCAAAAUCGCGUGAUCAGUUAGUUCGAUGUGAAAUUGCCAAAGACCAAUUAUGUAAAAAGCGGUUACACAUACCUGUAUAUAUAAAAGAGGAGAUUGAAUAUUUGAAUAUUUUAUAAAUUGAAGAAUAGAAUUUAUUUUAUUCCCAACCUAGUAUUAUACAUACCAUGUGCCAAAAACAGCUAUUAAAAAUUUAUAUAGUUACGUUUAUGAAUGAUGAAAGCUAAGUUUCUUUAUUUCUUAUUUUAAGAUUUUGUUCUUGUUUAAAAAAUGUUACAUCACAUAAAAGGAUAAAGUUCUUGUCCUUGAAAUGUCCUUUAUAUUACUGUUCAACGAGCGCAGAUAAAUCAUGAUAUGUAUAUAGAAAUUUUAUGUUUGUAAAUAAAAGAAAUAUUGUAGUGUCUGUAUUCUUAUAAUUAAAGAAUAUUUAUAAUUAC